AGCAUCUGUUAUUUCUUUAAUUAAAACAAAGCAUGACACUGUCACUGUGAUUAAUUUCAUGAAACCAUAUCAUUGUUAAUUACUUAAUUCAGUAUGUACAUAAUGUGUCACCUCUAGCCAACCCUUGUUCUGAAGCAUAUACAUUGUAAUUUGUGAGAUACAUUCCAUGACAUGCAAAUAAAAGCCCCAUCAGGGAUUAUGGAAGUCCUUGCAAAAUGUGUACAUAAAUAACCAAAUAUGCAUAUUGGAUAACAAUUUUGUUGCAGUUGUUGAGCCCCAAUGUUUCAAAGUGAUUGGCAUGGUGCUUGUUGCCGUAUCUCAGGUAACUGAGACAGUUAUUGAUAUAUAGUAGGUGGUUUUAUUGGCUUCUCACUAUCAGUUUGCUCUAGCCUUCCAGAAUCUAUUGAAUAGUGUGCCUGCUCUGAGAUUCAAAUUCAAUUACACCAUUUUAGGCUCUACAAGUAUAGCUUGCUUCAUUGGUACAUAUAUGUAUGCCGGUACCUGUUUAGUUGCUUGAGUCUGAAUUCUCUCCUUGGGCCUAGUACUCUGCCAGCUGCCACUCUCCCGCCUUUGGAAUCAUACUACACUCUAUGCUGUAUCUUUUUAUCCGCAGUAUUGAAUUGGAUUCUUCCCUCCUUCCUCAAGACAACUUUUAGCUUCCACAUGUGGCCCAAGACACUUUGGGCUAUAAGGCCAGUCUCAGUGGGGGUUUCACCAGAAUGUCAUGCACAUUUAUUAGAGCGCCAUGUCAGCAAAAGUGCACUUUUUGCAUGAAACGAAGAUGAGAGAAGAAAGUAGUUUCACCAUGGUGAAACCCCGCGGGUGUUGUUUCCCACGCGGUGAAACGGGAUGAAAUCUCCACUGAGGGCCAAAUCGUUUCACUAUCUUGCAUGUGAUCCAAUCAUUUUGCAGCAAUUAAAUGCUUUGCUUAGCCUUGGAAACAACAAAGUGAAAUGCUUCAUUGCUGGGGUUAUUUCAUAGAUGGUUUCAUUUCAAUCUUGAUGACGUGUUGGUAUGUGAAACCGUGCAGUGAGACUGUCCAUGAGACUGGCUUAAAGGCGCAGGCGCGCGACCAUCUGACCAUGUGAGUAUUGGACCUUGCUUUAAUUUCGUUAGGAUUGGUCAACAGACUUGCUCAAGUCCCCAACCCAGCUACAAAAAAUUCAGAUUGAGUUUUCAUAUACUUACGUUAGCAAGGAUAUAUGCCUGUUUCUUCAUAAUCUCAUGUGACAAAGGUAGACAAAGUUGUAAAGUUGAAGUCUUUCCUAGGUUGGUUCUGUGAAAAAGCUUAUGAAAAUUAGAGACAAUAAUCUCUUGAGAACAUUAACAGUGGACAUAAUGAUAAUAUAGUUGGCCAGUGCUUAAUUAGGAUCACCUUUUCUUCUUGAGCACAAUUCUAUGUCUUCUGUAUCAUCACCAGGACGAGUUAGAUUAAACCAUGCGAUGAAUCUGUCCACUGGGUACAGCAUUCUUGAAUUGAAUCGACCUCUAGUCGGUUUCUCUAGUAUUUUCCUUUUUACGUUGAUGACGCGACAAAAAGGAGGCAGGCAAGGCAGCUUGUAAGGUUAGCAUUUUCCUUAGAUAUUCCUUUUGGGCAGCUUCAUCUAGAUUCUAGAGUGUGCCUGUGGAGAUAUUUCUUCUUUUCAUUCACAGCGCAGAACAAAAACUCAUACUGGAAUCAAGCCUGAAACGCCAUCCCUUUGGCGCCAAAUUUCCGUGAAGGUUGGCAGUUCUCAGUUUGCAACAAUAUAAUGCCGCAAUUCAGAAACAUCAGAUGAAGACAGCAACUGAUAUGCUGCACGAAGGAAGGAAACGGGCGACUGAUUGAUAAGUUGAACUGAAUCUGGUAACAAGCUCUUGUUCGAACGUUUUCCCUGGACCUGGUCCUGGAGAAUGCUCUCGCUCGGUGAUGAAACCGCCUCUCACACCUACACGGGCUCUCCUAUAAAAGCACCUCUAGGCCAGGCCAUUCGAGCAGCAUCACUCAAAGCCAGCGCCACCAAACCAAGCAGCGGCAGCCUCGCUUGCAGAGUGCUCAGAGCAGCAGCUUCCACUUCCACCCUGCGCGCAUGGGAUCCUUGGGCCCUACCGUGAGCUUGAGCAUCAUGGCCAAGCCCAGCGGCGGCCAGCAGCCGGAGAGGGAGAGGAAGGAGGGCGGCGGCGUCUUCAGCGGCGGCUGCGGCUUCCGGAUGCCGCUGCACUACCCGCGCUACAAGAAGGCGGACUACGAGAGCAUGCCGGAGUGGCGCGUCGACUGCCUGCUCCGUGAGUACGGCCUCCCCGCUGACGGCGACCUCGACAGCAAGCGCCGCUUCGCCAUGGGAGCCUUCCUCUGGCCCGACCAGUACUGAUCGGACCAACCAAGCUCAGCGCUGCGUCGCCGGCCGUGAACUGAUCUCGUCAUAUUCAGAGGAUCAGCAGCUGCAUCUGCAAGUUGCAUCAGUUAUUAUAUAUAUAUAGCGAGACCUGAUCAUCUCGAUCGUAUAUUCUCACUAGUUACCAUCCUGCUUGUAGUUGUAGCGGCCGGACAUGAUACAUUCUACUAGUAUAGCUGAGCUGGAUUGCGCGCUGUAUAGUAUAGCUAUUCCGUAUAUGGAAUAAGAGGUGUUUAUUUUGUCAGAGAUGAGGUGUUCAGUCAUCCGUGCAUGCUUUGGUGUUCACAAACUCUCAGUUGUGUUGCAGGCAGGCAUGAAGAAAUGUCUCUCUGCUUGUAUCUGUAGUCUCAACUGUUCCAACCGGAAAACUCUGAUAUGUUGUGAUAAAGAAACAGGAUAGGCCAGGUUCCAACUCCCGGCCGGACUGUGACCCUGUUUUUUUU